AUGAGCGUGGCUGGUGGAGUCAAGACCAAGAUCCCACUCGCGAGAUACAUCCUCAACCGCCUCGAACAACAUGGCUGCACUCAUCUACAUGGCGUUCCAGGAGAUUACUCGUUGCCAUUCCUAUCGCACCUGCCAGACUCGAAGGUAAAAUGGGUCGGCAGUUGCAACGAGCUCAACGCCGGCUACGCAGCAGACAGCUAUGCUCGGAUCACGGGUCUGGGCGCGUUGUGCACAACGUACGGAGUGGGAGAACUCAGUGCACUGAACGCGGUCUGUGGAAGCUAUGCUGAGAAUGUUCCUGUUGUGCAUAUAGUUGGGAUGCCCAGCACGACUGCUCUGAAGACGACCUCGAAAGGGAGGUUCGACGGCCUAGUCCAUCAUGCCCUAGGCCGCCAGGAUAGUCUGCGUGCUUUCACUCACGCGGCUGAUGUCCUGAUACAUGCAUCGAAGGACCUCACCAAGGACAGUACACUGGACCAUACAGCAGCCUUCGAUGAUAUGCUUCACAAAGCCCUGUUUUCUAAGCGUCCCGUACGCAUUGGCCUCCCCAGCGAUCUUAGUGAAUUACUGGUCAAUCCGCGUGAGGAACCGCUCAACACCCAGUUCGAGCAUGAAGACCUCGGCCCGUGGCACGCGACCGAGUUCUUGGCUCGCGUGAAAGGAGUAUCGAGGCAAUUGAGAGCGGCAAAACGACCAGUGAUCGUAGUGGACGGCCUUGCAAGUCGAUUCGGACAGAAGGAUUGCAUCAACACACUCGUCGCGGCUACUGGAUUUCCGACGGUCGUCACACCUCACGGGCUUGGUAUAGUUGAAAGCAACCACUACAACUACUGUGGAGUAUAUACCGGACCUCUUGGGAGCACAGUGCUACAUGAAUAUGUUCAGAAUGCGGAUUGCAUUUUGAUUUUCGGGGAGCUCUUCUCGGACACAAAUACAGUGGGUUGGAAAGCGAUACCGCCCACUUCAGAUCUAAGCAAGAUCAUACAUUUCAAUCAUCAUUCGAUCGGCCAGUAUUUCGCAUCCCAGCGUCCAAAUCCCCACUCCCGGAUACGUCGCGUGGACGUUACAGCAUUUGUUGAGGCGCUCGCAACAGAGUUUGCAGGCGUUGCGGAACUCGAUAGCUCUGUUGACAGUCUUCUGGAUAUGUUUGGAGAUCCGGCACACAAGGAGCGACCGAUGUUUUUGAAGACUCCAGCGAACGAGAUCCUUCCAAGAUCACUACCGCCGCUUGAUGUAAGCGCGGACUCUACAGCACUGACGCAAGACUACGUCUACCCGCGUAUCUCUGCAUGGCUCCAGUCUCACGACACUGUAAUCCUCGCCAAUGGCACACCAUUGAUCGGUGCCGCUUUGCUUUCCUUGCCACCAAAGACUCGUGUCUUCGCUUCCGGUCUCUGGUUCUCCGUAGGGCAAAUGCUGCCCGCGGCACAAGGCGCGGCUCUUGCUCUCCAAACUUUACCGGAAGAGCAGCGUGGCCGCACGAUUCUGCUCGAGGGUGAUGGUGGCUUUCAAGCGACUGCUCAGGAGCUCUCUACGAUCAUUCGCUACAAGCUCGACGGGCCUACGGCGGACUACAACGACGUCAAUGACUGGGAAUACACCUUCGCACCCGCGCUUAUGGGCGGUAAGAAUUACAUCGACGCCUCUGACAACGAUUACAAGAUAUAUACCCGCAAGAUCUCGACAACCCGCGAGCUGGACGAGGUGCUGGCUGAUGCGGACUUCAACUCGCCACAAGGUGUCAAGCUUGUUGAGUUGCAGAUGGGUGAGCUGGAUGUGCCGUCAUUCUUUGCUCCCGCUCUUGAGGCAGCCGGGAAGAGACUGCUGGGUGCAACACCGCCUCUGACUUCUUCGUCUGAUGCGCGACCUGUGGCAUGGAGUGAUCAUUUGGCAUUUCCCAACGAAUUGCAUGACUCCGUGCCACCGAGGUUAGGAAGCAAGGAACAGGCAGAUAAGAUGAGACGGAACGCAGAGCAGGAUGCAGAAAGUAAGACAGUCCAGAGGGUGAAUAAAGCAUCCACUUCGUCUACACCUUCGAUACAUACCGCCACGGCCGCCGUUGACGAGAGCAACCGAGCCCAGCCACGGGUCAUUUCCUCCAGGACAAAGGUACCGGCACUACGGACCGGAGACCAUGUCGUCGUCAGUAAGGAGUCGUGGGUGCGAAUCAACCAGGAACUUGCACAGCUGAGGGAACAAAUCGCUGUCACUGUCCGUGCAACAGAAGAGGCAUUGGUUCCUUCCACGUUGUCGACGCUCCCCAGGAUGCACAAGCACUAUGCGGCUAGGCCAUCAACGCCAGAAGUUCCGGAAAGAAGGAAGGAGGCUUUAACGCCAGCAUUUCCGGAAAAGAGGGCGGAGGCAACAAACAAUGAUCUCCUUUCUAAGACCUUGACGUUACUGAAGCGGGAAAGGACGGAGGAGGCGACAGCAGAGCCCAGUUCCCCUGCAGCCUCGACACCGCCGAAUCUGGAGAACAAGGAGAAGGCCAAUACAGGCUACAAUCAGGAGCUGAAAGAACAUCGUACACAGUCGCGUGGGAGCACUCCUGAAGGCCUUGAUGCCACGGAGGAGGGAGUCGAGCCCCGGAUCAAAAUCACCAGAGCCAUGGCUCGUGGUACGCCACCAUUAUCCUCAAUGUGGAAAACCGCGUUGGUGACACGACGGCUAAAGUUUGACCGUGAUGAAGACACUAAUAAGUAG